UGUCCCAACAAAAUUCGGUGGGGAAUUUACGAGCAGGUUUGUAAAAGGCCAGUUUGAUAGUAGGCUGCCGGAGAGUGAGGGCAAAGCCAACAGACAAACGCAGAAGUAGAUGGCUGGAAAAUCUGGGAAACCAGCUUUCGAAACGUUUCAAUUAUUCUCAUCAGCUUUCGAUGACAACCCCCAAUUUCGUCUGGGGAUUCUUGAUUCCUCCGAGACGCAUCUUCCACCGCCGCCUCCUCCACCUCCUUGUGUCGAAGUGCUUUUCACAGAGUCGGUUUCGUCCUCUGUGAGGUACACUGUGGAGCGUGUGAAUUUGAAUGGACUUACUUUGCUGAAGGGCAGGGUGAACACGCAAGAUGUUUUUGCAUUUUCCAAUUCAGAUUUAGUCCCCGGACAAUACGAAGGUGGCCUAAAACUAUGGGAAGGUUCAUUGGAUUUAGUUAAAGCACUCCGCUCAGAGGUUCAAAAUGGGCGGUUAUCUUUUACAGAGCGAGUUUUAGAGAUUGGAUGUGGUCAUGGAUUUCCAGGGAUCUUGGCCUGCCUUGAGGGUGCAGCUGUUGUACAUUUUCAGGACUUCAAUGCUGAGGUCCUGCGAUGCCUCACCAUUCCCAAUGUAAAUGCAAAUCUUUCAGAGAAAUCUUCUUCUUUGGCUACAAAUGCAACAGAAGUUCGUUGCUUUGCUGGUGACUGGAGUGAAAUCCAUCAACUUCUUCCUCAUGCAUGUGACAAUGAAAAAGACCAAACCUGCAUGACAGGGCAGUCUACUGCUGGAUAUGACAUUAUUUUAAUGGCUGAGACAGUUUACUCGAUCUCUGCUCUUCCAACUCUUUAUGAACUCAUAAAGAAGACCAUGAGCCGUCCUCAUGGCGUGGUGUAUAUGGCAGCAAAGAAGCAUUACUUUGGUGUGGGAGGGGGAUCGAGGCGUUUCCUAUCUGUUGUAGAGAAAGAUGGUAUCAUGGUGGCUAGCUUGGUUGCUGAGGUCACAGAUGGUUCAUCUAAUGUCCGAGAGGUCUGGAAGUUCUCAUUUAAGUGAAUUAUGAUUGCUUGAAUGGAGCCAAAUCUUUGCUUAAUCCAACCAUGGCUUCAUUGCCUAUCAUAUGCGAGUGACAUAAUGCAAAAGGUUUACCCUCCAUCAACACAAAAUGGUUGUGAAGACUCUUCUAUGACCAGGUGAAAGUUUUAGUCGUCUUUCAUAUUAUAGUAUUAUGGACAUUAUUCUAUUACCUUGGAGAGGCACCAUUAUGGUUUGGUUAAUUUUUCUUUAUCACAGUGAGUCAACUCAAAGAUAGUACAAAUUGAGUUGAGAUUUUAUGCAUUGGAUUUUAUAAUUUUUAAAA